CCCAGUCUCUCUGUGAAGAGACCCACUCCUGUCUCUUUUGAGAGCACCAGUAGUAUUUCAACCAGUGCAAGUACUGCCAAUGCCAGAUUUGCAACACCAACCAUCCAGCGUCCCAAGGAGUACUCCAGUGUUUCCGCAUGUCCCAGGAGUGUUCCCAUCCCCCAGGUUCCUCCCGUUCCACAUUCUCAUGUCUACCAGCCAUCUCCUCUUGGCCAUCCAGCCACACUGUUUGGGACGCCAGCACGAUUCUCUUUUCAUCACCCUUACUUCCUACCUGGACCUCACUACUUCCCAUCAAGGAGGAAGUGAGGAAGGCAGCCCCUGGCCACAGCAUGAACUCGUAAUACCUCAGUGGAAGACUUCAGAGAGCCCCAAGAGAGAAAAGCAUCCCAUCAAAGCUGAGCUCAGGGUAAUGGCUGAGGGGCGAGAACUGAUCCUGGACCUGGAAAAAAAUGAGCAUCUCUUUGCUCCAGACUAUACAGAAACCCACUAUACUCCAAAGGGCAACCCUCAAACUGCCACUCUGAAAUCUGAGGAUCACUGCUUCUAUCAUGGGAUGGUGAGGAAGACAGAAGGGUCUAGCGUCACACUCAGCACCUGCCGGGGGAUUAGAGGACUGAUUACAGUGAGCGCUAACCUCAGCUACAUCAUUGAGCCCCUCCCUGACAGCGAGAGCCAACACCUUAUUUACCGAUCUGAACAUCUCAAGCUGCCCCGCGGGAGCUGCGGGAUCCAUCACCCCUCACUCACCACCAGGGACUGGGCCCUUCAGUUUACACACCAGACCGAGAACCGACCUCGCAGGAUGAAAAGGGAAGAUUUAUACUCCAUGAAGUACGUGGAACUUUACCUCGUGGCUGAUUAUGCAGAGUUUCAGAAGAAUCGGCGAGACCCGGAUGCCACCAAACACAAGCUCAUGGAAAUUGCCAACUAUGUUGAUAAGUUUUACCGAUCCUUGAAUAUUCGGAUUGCUCUCGUGGGCUUGGAAGUGUGGACUCACGAGGACAAGUGCCAAGUUUCCGAGAACCCGUACUCCACGCUUCUGUCGUUCCUUAGUUGGAGGCGCAGGCUGCUCACCAAGAAGAAGCACGACAAUGCUCAGUUAAUCACGGGCGUCCCCUUCCACGGCACCACCAUCGGCCUGGCCUUCCUCAGGACCAUGUGCUCUGUGCACCAUUCUGGAGGGGUGAGCUCGGACCACUCUGAUAAUACCAUCGGCGUGGCUGCGACCAUCGCCCACGAAAUGGGCCACAACUUUGGCAUGACCCACGACUCCGAAGGCUGCUGCUUAGCCAAUCCUGCUGAUGGUGGGUGCAUCAUGGCCGCUGCCACUGGCCAUCCCUUUCCCAAAGUGUUCAAUGGAUGCAACAAGAAGGAGCUCGAUAGGUACCUUCAGUCAGGAGGUGGAAUGUGUCUUUCCAACAUGCCGGACACCAGGACACUUUAUGGAGGCCGGUGGUGUGGGAACGGGUUCCUGGAAGAUGGAGAAGAGUGUGACUGUGGGGAGGAAGAUGAAUGCAACAACCCCUGCUGCAAUGCCUCCAACUGCACCCUGAAGGACGGGGCGGAGUGUGCCCACGGCGCCUGCUGCCACCAGUGCAAGCUGGUAGCUCCAGGCGUCCAGUGCCGCGAUCAGGCCCAGCAGUGUGAUCUUCCAGAGUUCUGCACGGGCAGGUCUCCCCUGUGCCCCACCAAUUUCUACAAGAUGGACGGGACUCUUUGUGAGGACGGCCAGGCCUACUGCUACAAUGGCAUGUGCCUCACCUACCGGGACCAAUGCCAGCAGCUGUGGGGCCCUGGAGCCCAGCCUGCCCCUGAUCUCUGCUUCGAGAGGGUGAAUGUGGCAGGAGACGAAUAUGGAAACUGUGGCAAAGACAUGCACGGUCAGAACAAGAAGUGUAACAUGAGGGACGCCAAGUGUGGGAAGAUCCAGUGUCAGAGCUCUCGGGAGGUGCCCCUGGAGUCCAAUGCAGUGGCUAUCGAAACCACCAUUGUCAUGAACGGGAAGAAGAUUCAGUGCCGGGGUACCCAUGUCUACCGAAGCCCUGAAGAGGAUGACAUGCUGGACCCAGGGCUCGUGAUGACUGGGACCAAGUGUGGCUUCAACCACAUCUGCUUCGAGGGAGAGUGCAGGAACACCUCUUUCUUUGAAACUGAAGACUGCGAGAAGAAGUGCAGUGGUCACGGGGUCUGCAACAACAACCAGAACUGCCACUGCUUCCAGGGCUGGGCCCCACCAUUCUGCAGCACACCCGGCCACGGGGGCAGCAUAGACAGUGGGCCCAUGCCCCCCAACAGUAUUGGUCCUGUGAUCGCCGGUGUGUUCAGCGCCCUCUUCCUGCUGGCCGUCCUUAUGCUGAUCUACUACUGUAGGCAGAACAGAAAGCUGGGCCCACUCAAGCCCUCUGUCCUCCCUUCCAAGCUGAUACAGCAAUUCAGCUGUCCCUUUAGGGUGUCUCCGAAUGGUGGAACUGGCCAUGCCAACCCAACUUUCAAGUUGCAAACACCCCAGGGCAAGCGAAAGGUGACCAGCACCCCUGAAGCCCUGAGGAAGCCCUCCCAGCCUCCGCCCCGGCCCCCUCCAGACUACUUGCAUGGUGGGUGUUUACCUACUCCACUGUUAGCCCAUCUAAGCAGGACUGAUAGGAGCUCCCCGGGGGCUGCAUCUCAAGUAGAGAGAAAGGAAUCAGCCCGGAGACCUCCCCCAAACCGGCCUGUGCCUCCAGCACCCAACUGCAUCCUCUCCCAGGAUUUCUCCAGGCCUCGGCCACCCCAGAAGGCUCUUCCUGCAAACCCUGUGCCCGGCCGCAGGACCCUCCCCAGGCCAGAACCCCAGCAGGCCCAGCCUCUGGUAGCACCUGCUUCAAAGUUCCCCGAGUUCAGAUCGCAGAGGACUAGGGCGAUGACUAGCUCCAGAAUCUAGACCGGUCUAGAGGUUUCUCGCUUUCCUCGAUGGCUCUUGAUGCCGCAAGGAUCCGUGACCAUGGGAACCGGAAGAAUCGUGUCUGGCUGCCUCUGAGCUCCUCCUGCCCUUUUCCUGGAAACACCACAAUUCCCUUCUUGAUUCAGUGCCUCCUCAUGCUCCUCGGAGACCCAGAGGGACUAUUUAUUACCUGAUGGCUUCUCAGUGUUGGUCUGUGCAAUAUACAGCCCAGGUGGGGAGGGGAGCACACAGCAGAGGCCGAGCGGCAGCUUCUCCAUCUCCCCUCCCAGCCCAGAGGUCUGACGGAGAUGGCCAGAACCACCAGAGCCGUCGAACCAAGUGGGAGAAGCCACGCUCAACCCCUCGGCCGGGGCUUCCUUGGAGAGGCUGUCCAUGCAGGUCCUGUGGUGGACGUCCGCACGAGAGCGUCUUUUGCUUCUGUCUCCCUCCAAGGCCCCAGGCUGGACCGAGACUGGGCCGUUACCUUCUCCUUUUCAGCUUUUAGGGGUUGAGGAAGGGCCAAGCCAGAUAUCUCUGUGGCCCUGCCCAGGGUUUGGCUGAGGCUCCCGACUGUGUGGCUGCAUGUGACAAGCCACGCCCCCUCCCCACAUCCCCUAUUCACAUGAGUCACUCUGACUCAAACAGGUACUAUUUGUAGGCAGUGUAGACAGCAGGGGGAGCAUCACACCUGGGCUUCCUCUGAGCCAUCAUGCCAAAGGUGAAGUCUUGCUAAUUACUGGUUUGCUCUUUGUAGUCUCUUCUUUCUCUCCCACUGCUCCGUGAUUCUGUCUUCUCCUUCCCCCUCAGGCCCACUGUAAUGCAUGGUGCUUUGGUGAGUGGACCCUCAACAGUCCUUUUUAGGGACCAGGUGCUUGUGACCUACGAGUCAGGGUCCUGCCUCAUGCGCUGGCCAUUCCACGUCUUCCGCUGGAUCCCCAGAGUGUUGAGCAGAGUGGACUCAGGGCAUGGCUGUGGGAGUCUUACGUUUGUGUUCGUUGUGUUCUGUGACCUCAGCAGCAUGAGGGUCUUCCUCCUUACACCCUGACCGACGUCUAGGUGAGGUCUUCCAGGGAUGGCAGCCCAUGUGGUAAAGGGAACAGACAUCCCUGAAAGCCCAGCUCUUUUCAAAGUACACACUAGGGAGCCAAUCUGUCCCUGACGGUCUGCUCACUGUCUUAAGGUGGGACCAUUGUCCUCUGAACGGAGAAGAGAGCUAUUUCUAACCAAAAGAUCCGUCAGAGAUGCCUAGAGUCAGCAGCCACCCGCAGCCAUGGCGGAACCCUCUGAACGGGGGACCCUGCUCCUUCUUCCCACAAGGCUUCUCUUAUUCACGUGCUUCAGUUCUCUUUCCCGAGCAUCACAGAAGGAGCUCCGAGCGGAUGGAAGACUGGGCUCCAGAGGAGCCCAGCAGGAGGGCGGUGUGGCGAGCUGCUGGAUAGGAUGUUUUUUACAUAGCCCCUGAGGAUGGUCUCAGACUGUCCCCGCCUCCUGAGAGGUGCUGGGUGGCUCUCCUGAGGUGAGCUGGCCUAGUGUACACUCCUUUGAGGGUCUUCCAGGGGCCUUCCCACCUCCUACAGGAGCAGCUAUUUGCUCUUCAAAACCUCAAUACAGGGAGGAGGCUGAGCUUUUGACCCCCAACCCCAAGGCCUCCUUGUAGUAGAUCUCUGCACGCUACAUUCUUGGGUUUGUAGGCCAGUGGGAUUUGUGGGACACACGUGCUCGGGAAAACAUGGGGUAGGUUUAGAAAGAUCUCAGGAAAAUGCAUUUCCUUCCCUCAGGGUGGUAGUGAGUUGGGUUCCUGUCUCCCUGGCGCAGACCUCCUUGACCCCAUGUGCAAUCCUCACCAUCUUGCUGCCAGAAGACAACCUCUCCUUUAAGUGUGCUGUAGCAAACGCUCUGUGCCUCGAAGCUGGUCCCAGAAAAGGUGCCCCCCACUCCUUCCCCAUAAACAGGCAAGCUGUCCUUAAGCCCAUCCCUGUACCUCCUCGAAGUCCCUGUGGCCUGCGCAGCCUUUCUCCUCACAUCAGGAGCAGUGGGUCUGAAGUGCCAGUGCAGAGCCGUGGGGACUCCAUGAGCCUUCUGAACCUGAAAUCCACGUCACCAGUGCCAUAACAGGAAGUGUCCUGGUUGCUGUUCUCUCGCACUUUUUUUUUUCCCUCCCUCAUCAUUUUAAUACCACCUCCAUCCCAUGAAAUUAUACUGUGAACUGGAAGAUGGUAGAAUUAUUUGAUCUUGAUGGCUACUUCAUCAGCCAGUUCUUUUGACCAUCAACAUCUCGCUCUGUUCGGGGAGCUGGAAGUCAUUUUUCUGCAGGCCAGGGAAGAAGAGUUCCCAUUGCAUCCCCCUUCCCUCCCCUGCCAGUGUGCCGCAGUAAGGUGUCAAAUGCAAAUACAGUGACGUUGAUGUUGAGACGGGGAAGCAGGGACUUCAGUCUGAAGGAUUAUUGCAAGGAGGGGAAUGAAAACGCUGCCCUAGGGAGAGCAGGGGGACUACUGCAUGCACAGACCCUUCGUCAAAUCCGCAUGGAUUCUCAAGCCAGGCAGAAAAGGCCUUUUCUCUUGUUGGGAGGAAUUAACUCAGCUAGAGAAAACUGCACCCAGGGCACGUCUGCGGGCCUAGCCUUUUUUGGGAAGGGGCUCUCUGUUAAAAGAUGUUUCUGACUCAGGCUGACUGUGGGUCCAAGUCCACCGUCUGGUGGGGAGGAGGGAAACUUAACUGAAGUUUAGUCUGUUGGGUUAACCAAUGGUUUGCUCGAGAAAAAGGAUGUAAAUCUUUUUAGAAGCUAAAUGGUUCCUCCUGCCAGUUUUACAACACUUGGAAUAUUUUUUAGGGGCCUGAAGCCAUCGCUGAAAUGUACGUGUCAGGGAGAUAGAGCCCCGUCUCUGCCUCUGUGGGAGGUUUGCCCUGGGCCCCCCAGCUCUGUGUUGCAACUUCUUGCUUGCCUUAGAUUCCUUUUAGCCUUGUUGACUUUUAUGGUUGAAACAGAGCUCUUACAGAGCCUAUGGUCUUAAUGUUCUCUGCAUUGCAAUAGUCCCCUCUCUUACUGCAGUAUCUCCUGGCUGCUUGCAGUAAUCCUUUUUAAUGAAGUCUCCUCUUAGGUAUGACCUGAUUUAUUCUUAUUUGACAGAAGGUAUGGGAGACUUUGAAGAAUUGGGGACCAGUUCUAAAAGCGGUAAUUGUGUUAAAUGCAUGCACAACAGCUCUGCUGUACACCUAAGCCAGCUCAGGAAUUGCCAACUGGAAAGGUGUCCCAUCUCUAGAGAGGCCUGAGACAGAGAGGCUCUGCAGAGUCCAAAGCAACGCCCCCCCACCUCGCCACCCUCUAGCAUCCUCUUGUGCCACCCAUUUUGUGUAUGUGUCUGGGAUUCAGGGCAAUGUGAAUUUUCUUUUGAUUUGAGAGAGAUCCUUCAUGGAUUACAGAUCCUCCUCUCUUGUCCACGUAUUGUUUACAAAUAUUUGUACAUCUAUGCAAAAUACUUGAAUGGGCCAUGGUGCCUUUUUUCCCCCUCGUUUGUAUUUAAUUAAAAUGAAUUGUUUGUCAUUUGAAAUGUUACCAGGU